GGAUAGCACGCACACUCUUCAGCAUCUUAAAAUCAGACUUUUUCUAUUGGAGCCUUAUCCUCUCACGUCUCAACCCAUCACUUUGUACACGAAUUCACUUCAUCACUUUCCCCAACUUUUGAUAACUAGAAAAUAAAACAAGCACGCACAAAAACUCCUCCUUCCUCACUCCUCAGCCAUGUAAUUGUAUUAACCACCAAAUGCAAGAAACUCACUUCGUCUCAUCCUUCUCCAACAACACCAAUCCCUUUUCCACUCCCAGACCUCCCCAUUUCCUUUCCUUCCAUACCCACCACCAUGAUUUCGCUUCCCUUCCUCCCCCCAUUAGAACCUUCCAAUUCCCAAUUCUUUCCUCUAAAACCACCGUUUCUCUCCCUCCCAAACACCCAACUCCAACUUCACAAAUCCCCUCUAUAUCCCCACCCCCACCUCCGCCUCCACCUCCUCCACCCCCACUCAACUCUGACUUCCAAGAGAAAAUGCUCUUCCUCGACUCCAUCGGCAUAGACUUCCUUUCCCUAAUCCACGACUACCCUCCUGUCGUUUCCGCUUCUCUUUCCGAUAUCAAGUCCACCGUCGAGUUCGUAACCUCCAUGGGCUUCACGGCGGUCGAGUUCCGGCGGAUUGUCGGCAUGUGCCCUGAAGUUCUCGCCUCCCGGGUCGCCGAUAUCGUCCCUGUUUUGACGUUUUUGAUACGGGAAGCCCGCGUUAAUGGUUUGGAGCUUAAACGGGUCAUAAACCGGCGGCCUAGAUUGCUAGCUUGCAGCGUCAAGGAUCAGCUCCGACCCACUUUGUAUUUCCUCCAGAGCAUUGGGAUUUCGGAGGUGAACAGGUACACCAACUUGCUUUCUUGUAGCGUCGAAGAAAAGCUGAUACCCAGAAUCGAAUACUUGGAAAAGAUUGGGUUUUCUCAUCGGGAUGCUUUGUCUAUGUUUCGGAGAUUUCCGCAGCUGUUUUGCUACAGCAUCAAAGACAAUUUUGAGCCGAAAUUCGAUUACUUUGUGGUGGAAAUGGGAAGGGAUUUGAAGGACCUGAAGGAGUUCCCGCAUUACUUUUCGUUUAGCUUAGAGAACAGGAUUAAGCCGAGGCACCAAAUCUGUGUAGAAAAGGGUGUGUGCUUUCCUCUUCCUAUAUUGUUAAAGACCAACGAGGCUCAAUUCCGUGAUAGAUUGGAGUGGAAAUGGAGUUCCUUGGGCGAGAUUUCCGCUUUUGGUGUCUUUCUAGUUCUGUAAUCAUUAAUCAGGAAGAAAAGGUAAUAUGGGAAACCAAUCAAACUACUUCUAUACGACCUGUCCUUCUGUAUCCUCCAUCCUUCAAUGUUUCCCAUAGCAGGAAGUAUGUACUGUUAAUGAUGGAGAUGUAAGCAGGGCUAGCAGCCAAACUGAAAGUCAAUUUGUCUUACUCAUAAGCUCUAAACUGGUAACUUCGCUUUUGUGCAAAAUUAGACUUGCAAGCUACUACAUGACGGUUGUUCAACUUACAUAAAGCUUUUUCUUUGGGAAACUAGUAAAUAAAAAGUUAUUACUGUGCGGCAACAACUAUGCUGUGAACUGUCUAAUUGAAAGUAUUGUACAUUCGAAAUUCAUCAUAUGUUAGAACAACUCUGUAUUACAUUGUUCAAGUACACCUUGUAUACAAAUUCUUACUAAUUGGUGGUCAAAAUGAUUUUGUAAAA